AUAAUAAUAAUUAAACAAUAUUAUUUACUUGACAAAUUAACAAAUAUCGCUAGUAACCAUUAUUUAUAUAACUUUCGUUCCGUCUUUCCUUUACGUGUUUUAUUUUAUUAUUAAUUUCAAAUGUCUUUUAUUGGGUUUUUCAAAUUAUAAAAAAGUAGACGCCAGUACUGAACAUUUCUGGUGUUACAUUUUUAUAGACUUUCUGCCCCAACACUUGGGUAUAAUUAUUUCAAAUUACACAUCACUACCUAAGUUUAUAGAUUGAUAUUUCUAUUGAUGAUGAAAGGAGAGAGAGAGAGAGAGAGAGAGAGAGAGAGAGAGAGAGAGAGAGAGAGAGAGAGAGAGAGAGAGAGAGAGAGAGAGAGAGAGCAUAUAUAUUAUUAUUCAAAAUAGCAUAUACACUUAGUGACAUAAUGCUAAGAGUAAAUCAGCAAUACCUGUUAUUUAUAUGAAGUUCGAAACCAAUUAGUCAAUUUCAGUAUAAAAGAAAGAACCAUUAAGUUUUAAUAGUUAUUUUUACUUAACCAAUAACGCAUAUUUAGAUACCGUAUAACCGGAAACAUUUCGAGGUUUUUCAUUUUCGAGGUUUGGUAAAUUUGAAAUGGGCGUGUUUUUAUUUUCAUGUUUUAGCAAAUCUGGUUUGCGAAAAUUUUGUUAUUGUUGUUAAUUAAAAGUUUAACAUCGGCUUCGAGUGCUUAAAAUCGCCGGAGCAUAACGUGAAACUCAAUUGCAAGUGGAUAAGGCGGUAUCCUAUUGGCGAGACAACUGAUGACAAGACGUUUAUUUAAAGCCAAUUACGAUUGGUGUGAGAAGUGUUCUAAGUCAGACAGUGUGGUGUUUGAUGUUUAAUCUGAGCUCGACAUGUUUAUUCAUACUCGUAUACAGUAAGCUGGCUCAGUCUACUCUCUUGUAGUUUCCUGUGGUCUGCGGUGCUCUGCACAUGGCAGGAAAUAUCAGGAAAUAAAGUAUUUCGAUGCAACAGCAGUAGAAGUAAAACCUCAAGAUGGCGCAACAGCAGCAGAAGUAAAACCUCAAGAUGGCGCAACAGCAGUAGAAGUAAAACCUCAAGAUGGCAACGUGAGGACAAGAACUGCAGAUGAUGGUAGUACUGGCCAAGAAAAUGCACAGUUGAAAACUCAAAAUGAGAACUUGAUGAAACAUCUAGCAGAGAAAACUGAGACAAUUAAGCAGUUGCUGGCAGGAGAGAAGAAGCUUAAAGAAGAUUUAAAUAAAACCAAAAAUAAAAAUAGACAAUUGGAGCAUAGUUUGGCACAACGAGAUUCAGACAUUAAUUAUUCACAGACAGACAACAAGGAACUGAAGAAACAGUUAGCUGAACAAGAUGAACACAUUAAGCUAUUGGAGUCGGAACAAGAAAGUUUUGUUAAUGGGUUAGAUCUAAAAUUUGUCCCAAAGAAAAUACAUGAAGAUAAUAAGGUGCUGAAGAAAUGUCUUGCUCAGCAAACUUGCAAGAUUGAAGACUUGACCGCAGAAAAAGAUAAUCUUGACCAACAGUUAAACAUAACUCAGGAUAAGCUGAUGCAGGCGGGGAAGGAGAAUGAGGAAGCAAGGAAGUCUUUUGAUGAAAAAAAUGAAAAAGUUCAACAGUUGCAGAGAUCUGUCGAGGAUCUUAACGGUCGUUUAAGUGCAGCACAGAAUGAUAUGGCACAGCUACGAAGGGAAAAUGAAGACUUGAUGAAUCAGCUGAAGCAAACCAAACAAGCGCUACAGGAAACGGAAUCGGCUAAUGAGGAAUAUCAGAAUGAACUGGGAGAGAGAAAGAAAACCAUUGAUGAACUGAACUGUCAGAUGGCAGAUGCCAUGAAGAAUUAUUUAAAGGAAAAGAAUAUUAGAGAAACAGCUGUGAGGAGUACAUUAGUACAUUUGAAAGAAAAACAAGAUUUACACAAAACCUUGGAAUCAAAGUUAGCAGAGAUUGGAAAACUAGAAGAAAAACUGAAAGAAGCUAAUCAACGGAUUAAAGAUCAGGAGUCAAAAGGUGAACUCAUGAAGCAAGACAUUGCGAAGAAACAAAAAGAAAUUGAAAAUUCCAAAGGAAAACUGACUGAAGCUGAGAAACAAAUAAAAACACUGGAGUCAGAGUGUAAAAAGCUGAAGCUGAACAUUGAUGAAAAAGAAAAAGAAAUUAGAACCAUCAAAGAGAAAGUGAGUGAAGCUGAAAAACAAAUAAAAAGACUCGAGUCACACUGCAAAGACAUGAAGGAUGACAUUGCAAACAAAGAAAAAGACCUUGGACAGACAAAAGCCUAUCUCAAGGAGACGGAGACUGUGUCUGUUCAAGCGCAGGUUCGUGAAAACCAAACUCGGGCUAUCUUAGAUCAGGUCUGCAGGGAACUUGCACAAUUACAAAGUGUGCAAGCCAUGCAUGAUGCACAGCUCAGUUCUGUGAGAGCCAAUUUCGAGUCUGAACUGUCAGAAAGGCAAUCAAGAAUUCAAGGACUGGAAUCUGAGUUAGCCGUGGUAACAGACCAGAAAGACCACUUGUUAGCGGAGCUGGAUAAAGCAAUACAGGCUUUGUCAUUUGGUGCUAAGGCAGGCACAUCAUUUCAGGACAGAAUUGGACUUUUGUAUCAAAUCACAGCAUUAAGGAAGGAGUUGAAAGCUGUAAAAGAUGAAAAUCGUUAUCUCAAAAGACGGACUAAUUUACAAAACAGCUAUGAAGAUGAAGACGUAUCCCAGUUAUCACCAAGUCCUUAAAGGAUACUCCACAUUUAUCAUCAAUGUUACAUAAUAAAAAGGAAGUCUUUGUGUUGAACUCUUUGGGUAACAGUCUUCCUUCUGCUAAUGCUUAACAAUACAUUGUUUUAUAAUAUAAUGAAGUAAACAAAACAACCUAGCAUGCUUUUAACUUGCCCCUUCGCUCACCGUACCUUAGCUCACCUCUGUCCGCAUUGUGUUGUCAGCGUAUGAAGCUAUGGUCCUGCCCAGUGGUGAAGCAUUCACCUCAUGUGUGGUCAGUCUAGGAUCGAUCCCCGUCAGUGGGCCGUUGAGCUAUUUUCUUAUUUCAGCCAGUACACCGUGACUGAUUUAUCAAAGGUUGUGGUAUGUGUUAUCCUGUCUGUGGGAUGGUGCAUAUAAAAAAUCCCUUGUGAC